UCUCCAGCUGGGUUACCCCCAGUAUUUAAGCGCCACCCAAGCGGCGUACGGAGGCGAUCGGACUGGGGUGCUUUCCGCGUCUUUCCGGGGCAGCCCCUCGGAAAUCGGUGCGGGUCAGUCUGCCACAGCGGCGGUCACGUCGGUGCUGGGCAUGUAUGCAAACCCGUACGCGGCUCCCGGCUAUAGCGCCUUUCUGCCGUACAGCAGCGCGGACCUUGCUCUCUUCUCGCAGCUGGGUGCGCAGUAUGAGCUGAAAGACAGCCCCGGUGCUCUUCCGUCCAGCUUCGCGGCCCACGCCGCGGCCGCCUUCUACCCGUACGGCCAGUGCCAGUAUGGGGACGCCGCUAGAGUCAAGAGUGCCACUCGGGAAACGACGACCACGCUGAAAGCCUGGCUUCAGGAGCAUAAGAAAAACCCGUACCCCACCAAGGGGGAAAAGAUCAUGCUGGCCAUCAUCACCAAGAUGACCCUCACCCAGGUGUCCACCUGGUUCGCUAACGCCCGCAGGAGACUCAAGAAGGAGAACAAGGUGACAUGGGGACGCAGUGCUGAGGACCGGGAUGGCAAAAUAUUUGACAGCGAUAACGAAGGGACCACUGUAAAAAACGAAGAUGAGGAGAUUGACCUGGAAAGCGUAGAUAUAGACAAGAUUGACGAGAACAAUGCGGACCAAAGUAACGAAGAGGAUGAUGGGGAUGAAGAUGAGGAUGAUAACUUCGAUGAAAGGGAGGGGCCUGAAAGUACGCAUAAAAGACCAACGCAAAAAUGUACGGAGAACCCGAAUUAUACCUCUGCCGACAAGGAGCAAUCAAUUGACAAAAAACAGAGGUAUCAUUUCUUCCGACGAGCAAAGCCGUUCCCAAAUUCCCCCGUGCCAUAAACCCAAAAUAUGGUCGUUAGCCGAAACGGCUACGUGUCCCGACAGCUCUCAGAAAUCCGCGAUGCCCCCUGGAGCAGCCAGCCUGACCUCGAUACCCAUCCAGCACCCGGCUUUCCUGCCGAGCCAUGGAG